CAGUUUAAGAAGUUUUUUAGAGUUAUUACGUCACUUCUUGUUUUCCAUUUUUAAAGUCAUGUUUCUCCCUGUGAGUACAUUCCUGUAAUUUUUGACUGGUAGGCACAUCAAGUACAAGCCAUGUUUCCACACAUGCCAUUGGACAUCAUCAUGGAUGAUCUCAGACACACUCAUUCACUGGAAGUCACCAUUGAUAACAUUCUACAAGGAAACAUUGCUGUACCAUCUGUGUGGACGCCUCCUGAAGAUCAGUUAAUUCCUGAGGAUUCUGAACUCCUACAGAUAGCACAGCCAAAUUCAAUGACUGCAUCAAGUGCAUAUGAUGAGAUUGAGAACCUAUCAACUGAGGAAGAACAAGGAAGUCCUUCCAUUACGGAAGAGAUAUUUGAAGAUGAGCUGGAGAUGUGGGAACCGCAACAAGAGGAAGCUGCUCCAUUGGAGGAGCGAGAAGAACGCCCUUCACCUGGAAAAGCAACUGCAGCGGGAGACAGAUAUCUCCCUGGUCCUUCAUCAUCAUCAGUGGAGUUUUCUUUGCAACCUGCUGUCAGGCAAUCUGUCCUGUCAACAAGAAAAGAGACAAUGCUACAGCAAGCGAGAAAGUAGGUCCAUCACUUUGAGAUUACAAAGGAAGGGUGUUAAUAGCAGCCCUAGGCUCGGUUUCUGCUGCUCUUUCAAAUAUCUCAUUCUUUGCUGGGAGUGGAGGAGGAGGUCUAACCUGCCAUCAUACCCUCCCUUCUUGUAUUGCCAAAAAAAUUACACCUGAUCACAGUGUAGAGUAGUGCAGGCCCUUGUUCCCAUCCGUGGCUGGUAACAAAGCCUAUUUUAGCCCUAGGGGAGAGUUUU